UAAGCUUUCACACACUUGCUUCAGUAUACUCAGUUAAACCCUUUGCAGAGCAAAGAUGAAGCUCUUCUUUGCCACCCUUCUGCUCUGUUCUCUUCUCCUCAGCUCCUCUUUGUUGGAGCCUGUCAUGGCCGGGUCAGGAUUUUGCACGAACAAGUGCUCAGACAGGUGCUCAAAAGCAGGGGUGAAGGAUCGGUGUAUGAAGUACUGUGGGAUCUGCUGUGAGGAGUGCAAGUGUGUUCCCUCUGGGACUUAUGGGAACAAGCAUGAGUGCCCUUGCUACAGAGACAAGAAAAAUAACAAGGGCAAGCCCAAGUGCCCUUAAAAAUGAAAAGAGAGAGAGUAAAAAGAUACUUAAUUAGCAAGUUAGAAUUAAUGUGUGUUUGGUGGGAUUAGCUACUUCUGCAUAAAUAAAAUGUUGGCUAUCUUUUUCUGUA